UGCUGGACUUUCUUUCCGACUGGAUGGCAAAACUGUCUUCUUCCCAAUCAGCCCCGGAAUCAUACAGUACUCCCUGAGGUAUGAAAAUGGCAUUAAGACCCGCAGCACAUGGACAGCGGCUGGUCCCGGAGAGUUGGCAGAGAAGUGUGUCCGCAGUACGUUAAGACGAAGUAACGACGGGGUAUGGACUAGUUAAUAUCUCCAUCUACGUGAGCUUGAUUUUCUGCUCUUGAUGCCGUGGGAAGGGACGGUGCGUACACUGCAAGCCAAGCAGUACAGUAAUUUAAGUCACUUGAACCAUAAUGGAAAAGUAUGAAAAAUUAGCUAAAAUCGGAGAAGGGUCUUAUGGGGUGGUAUUCAAAUGCAGAAAUAAAUCCUCUGGCCAAGUAGUAGCUAUUAAAAAAUUCAUGGAAUCUGAAGAUGAUCCCGUGGUUAAGAAGAUAGCACUAAGAGAAAUACGCAUGUUGAAGAGUUUCACUGAGUUGUCCGUGCUGGUUGGGCUCAAACUGGCCAUCCUCCUGUCUCAGCCUCCGGAGCAACUGGGAUCACAGCAAUUAAAACAUCCAAACCUCGUGAACCUCAUUGAGGUGUUCAGGAGAAAAAGGAAAAUGCACUUAGUGUUUGAAUACUGUGAUCAUACACUUUUAAAUGAGCUAGAAAGAAGCCCACACGGAGUGGCUGAUGGAAUGAUCAAAAGUGUGUUAUGGCAAACCCUUCAAGCUCUGAAUUUCUGCCAUAAACAUAACUGUAUUCAUAGAGAUGUAAAACCUGAAAACAUUCUAAUAACUAAGCAAGGAAUAAUCAAGAUCUGUGACUUUGGAUUUGCAAGAAUUCUGAUUCCAGGAGAUGCCUACACUGACUACGUCGCCACCAGGUGGUACCGAGCUCCCGAGCUGCUCGUGGGGGACACACAGUACGGUUCUUCAGUCGACGUCUGGGCUGCUGGCUGCGUUUUUGCUGAGCUCCUGACUGGCCAGCCGCUCUGGCCUGGAAAAUCCGAUGUGGACCAACUUUAUCUGAUAAUCAGAACACUGGGAAAGCUAAUCCCAAGGCAUCAAUCUAUCUUUAAAAGUAACCAGUUUUUCCACGGCAUCAGCAUACCUGAACCUGAAGACAUGGAAACUCUUGAGGAAAAGUUCUCAGAUGCUUGUCCUGAUGCUUUGAAUUUCAUGAAGGGGUGUCUGAAGAUGAACCCCGAUGACAGAUUAACCUGCGCCCAACUCCUGGAGAGCCCCUACUUUGAUUCUUUCCGAGAGGAUCAAGUGAAAAGAAAAGCACGCAAUGAGGGAAAGAGCAGAAGGCGUCAGCAGAAUCAACUGUUGCCUCUCAUACCAGGAAGCCACAUCUCCCCCACACCUGACGGAAGAAAACAAGUCCUCCAGUUAAAAUUUGACCAUCUUCCAAACAUUUAGCGAAAUGUUCUCUCAAGUGUGAAGUAACUUAAUAUGUACAUAUUUUUGUACAAGAAAGAUAGGAAUUCAGUGGUUCAAAUGCAAAUGAGCCGUAUGAAAAUUAAGAUGCCUUCUAGAAUUGUUUUGCUCUGAUCACUGCUGAUCCCUCUCCCUGUGCUUUUUCCGUGCCAGCUUUAUCUUUUAGAACAUUUUCUUUCAAUGUUGCCAGGCCUGGAACUGCACAUAUGGAGGAGACAUUUUCAAUUUCAUCACAGAAGACCCUCCUUAAGCAAUUUACACUGAGAAUUUGUGGGCUUAUAAUUCGAUGUAUGAAAAGAUUUGUAUGUCCCAUCUUGCUUCAGCCGACCCCAUCGUACCU